AUGCUUCUUUUACCUGGUGGUUAUCGAUAUGACGUUUAUUUUGCUAUCAUAUCGACACAAUAUGUUACUCGGGCUGAGAGACCGCGUUGUGAGGAUGACGGCACAUACAAGCCAUACCAGUUUGGUGGAUCUCAAGCAAUCUGUGUGACUGCUGAUGGUACAAGACUCUAUGACUACAUGGUGUAUAGAUGGGAGGCCGGAGAUACCAUGGACUGUCAAUGUGCGAGGGAUCAAUAUGCAUACCAGCAGAACGGCAUGAUUGGUAAAAUGUUCUACUGUGACAAGAACGGUAACUAUGCAUCAGUGGGAUGUUCGGGAUCUGUGUGCUACUGCCAGGACAAAAUGGGCAAACAAGUUGGUUCCUCGACUGUUAAUAUAUCGGAGAAAGAUUCUAUGAACUGCUAGGAUGAAGCUCAUAUAUAUGUGGAAAAAUGGAUUAUCUGUAAAAUCGAGUUCAGUGUUCAUGUUUGAAUUUGAAAUAAACUUUAAAAUUAU